AUGUUGAGCCGCCUCUGGACUUCUUCCUCCCAGCACAAGCAUCAGCACCAACUCAUUCUGGCCCUUCUCCUUUUGCUGCACCCAUUCUCUGCCACUGCCCAAACUGGACCCAACAUAACUCUUGGCUCCACCCUGUCCGCCCAGGGCAAUAACCCCGCCUUGUGGGCACUGUCCCCUGCCGGUGAUUUUGCCUUCGGAUUCAUUCCCCUCCAACCAGACCGGUUCCUCCUCGCCAUUUGGUUCGCCAAAAUAACCACAAACCUGACCGUAGUUUGGUCUGCUAACGGAGCUCAGCCGGUGCAGACAGGAUCCAAGGCGUCCCUGACCAGCAACGGCCGAUUAUCUCUCCAAGACCACAAUGGCCAAGAGAUCUGGUCCCCGGGUGUCGGGGGCGUCGCAUACGCCACCAUGCUCGAUGCCGGAGACCUCGCGCUGAUGAGCUCCGAUGGUACGGGCUACGCAUGGCACAGCUUCGAGCAUCCGACCGACACGAUCCUGCCGACACAGGUGAUGAAAAAAGGAGGAUUGCUUUCCUCCCGCAGCUCAUCUAGUGCGGGCGAUUACUCUCUGGGAAGGUUUCAGCUCCGCCUGCUGCCCGACGGCAACCUCUGUUUGAACACCAUAGCCUCGCCCACCGACCACCCCUACGAGGCCUACUGGCUUACCAAGGGCACCCUAGGUACCGGCUCCUAUCUGGUAUUCAACCAAUCAUCCGGCAUUCAGGAAGUGCAAGAGAAUUCGAGCCGUGUCAAUGUCACGUAUGCAAAUAUUGGGUCCCCUGAAGAUUACUACCAGAGGGCGACGCUCGAUCCUGAUGGAGUCUUCCGGCACUACACACACCCGAAGCCCGGUGCAGGCAAUGAGAGCUAUCUAGAUUCGUGGUCGGUGGCGGAUUUCAUACCUGAAAACAUCUGCAGCGCGGUCAUCGUGGAGAAGGGGGGUAGCGGAGCCUGCGGAUUCAACAGCUACUGCCAGUUCGCCAGCAAUCAGAAGACCUGCCUCUGUCCAGAACGAUAUACAAAUGUGGAUCCGACCGACAUCAGCAAAGGAUGCAUGCCGGACUUUGCCGAGCCGAGAUGCGAUGCAUAUGACUCGGCUGAUUUUGUACUGACGACGAUGCCCAACACCAAUUGGACGAACACGGCCUACGAAUGGCUCUCACCGAUGGUGGAGGAUCAGUGCCGGCAAUCGUGCUUGGAGGAUUGUCGCUGCAUGAUGGCGAUAUCCAAGGAUGGUGACUGCUUGAAGAAGGCGAUGCCCCUCUCGGGAGGGAGGGUGGAUCUAGCAUAUGGAGGGAAAGCUCUGUUCAAGAUACCCAGGGUCGACACUUCCGCUCCUCCUCCCGGAUUGAGCAGAGGGAGGAAAAGCCCGCCGGUCAUUAUUUCUGCAAUGCUCGGUUGCUCGGCUUUCGUCAACAUCCUGUUGAUCUCCGCCAUAGCCUUGCUCUUCCUCUCCUCACAUCAUCGCAAGAGAUCACCUCGAGCUCAGAUAGACAGCAGGACGGUGGGAGAUCACUUGCAAGCUUUCGGUUACCCCACGUUAGAAGAAGCUACCCGCAAGUUUGGGGAAAUACUGGGCCAAGGUGCGUUUGGUACAGUCUACAAGGGGGUCUUGACCCUCCGUGAGGCUCAGGCACUUGUUGCGGUAAAGAAGCUAGACAAACUGGCACGAGAUGGCGAAAAGGAGUUCAGAGCAGAGAUGAAUGCAAUUGGUAGAACCCACCACAAGAAUCUAGUUCAGUUGCUUGGCUUCUGUGAUGAGGGGCCACAUCGACUUCUAGUCUAUGAGUUCAUGAGCAAUGGCUCCCUGGCAAGCUACCUCUUAGGAGAGAACAGACCCAGCUGGGAUCAGAGAGUGCAGAUCGCAUUCGGGGUUGCAAGAGGGCUAUCAUACUUGCACGAGGAAUGCAGCAGCCAGAUCAUACACUGCGACAUAAAACCUGAGAACAUACUCCUUGAUGACUGCUUUACAGCAAGAAUCUCCGACUUCGGACUGGCGAAGCUGCUGAUGCGAGAGCAGACGAGAACUCAAACAGACAUCAGGGGGACGAAAGGCUAUGUCGCACCCGAGUGGUUCAAAAAGAAAGCAAUCACAGCAAAAGUCGACGUAUAUAGUUUUGGUGUCAUGUUGCUUGAGAUUGUUUGUUGCAGGAAGAACAUUGCGCCGGAGUUUGGGAGUGAUGUGAGGGUCAUCCUCACAGACUGGGCUUAUGAUUGUUACAGCGAGAAGAGACUGGAUAUUCUAGUGGAACGUGAUGAAGAGGCAAUGAGCAACAGGAGAAUGCUUGAGAGGCUCGUGGCUGUGGCCCUUUGGUGCAUUCAGGAAGAGCCAUCCAUGAGGCCUUCCAUGAAGAAGGUGACACAGAUGCUGGAAGGUGCAGUUGAAGUUCCGGUGCCACCAGCUCCAACAUCCUUGAUCAGCUCGAUGUAUUAA